UAAACAAUAAUAAUUGUAUUGCAAUUAUUAUAAUCACACCAAUUGAUUGAUUGAUUGAUAAUCAUAUAGUGAUGAAUAACAACACUACUGAUGAUAUGUGUUCACAAAAAGCUGAUCCAUGGCUUAUGGAUGAUAACAAUAGACUGUUGGCCACUGCCGAUGAUUAUGUGGUCAAUGAUACCGCUGAUGAUGAUAAUAAAGACAUGAAAUUUGCCGACAAUUUUCAGCCCAAACCCGAUGAUAGACUCGAUGAUAGAUUCGAUGAUAGACUCGAUGAUAGAUUCGAUGAUAGAUCCGAUGAUAGACCCGAUGAUAGACCCGAUGAUAGACCCGAUGAUAGACCCGAUGAUAGAGUAGCUGUCAAUGAAAAUCAAUGCAUCAAACCGUUACCCGAUUCACAACAAUAUAUACAAUCAUUGGAGAAAAAGUUACAAAAACUUCGGUCCAAUAAAUCGGGUGCAGAAAUGUCCAGCAAAGACGUAUUGAAAUCAAUGGCUAUGAAAAGGGAUGCAAUUAUCCAUCAAAUGCUUGAAUCAAACAAUACUAGCGAUCAGUUGUUUAAUGAUUGUCAUGAUUUUGAUGGACAAUCAUCGUCAGCACUGGUAAGCAAUGGUCUGUUACAACAACAACCGUUUGUACAAUACUUGAAUCGACGGCUGUUUCCUGAUAUGCAAGCCAUGACUGAUGAAGAAAUCAAACAACUCAUAGAAUGGGAUCUAUUGGACAAAUCUAAUCAACAAUUGGAUCCAUAAAAUUAAUUGUUUUUUUUAAAUUUAUUUUAUUUAAAUU